GAGAGAGGCAGGACAGCACCUGGCAGGUGCUUCAGGGACAGCAGUCCAGCUGCCUUCUUGCUGCUGUUGGCUGUCCCAUUGCCCAGUAAAAUGGAAUCAGAGCCACACAGCCUGCCCGACUGCGGGGGAGGCCGGGAGCCCUGGGAUACGUGAUAUGACACAAAAUCACAUGAACCUCGACCAGGCCCCUCCGAUGCUGGCGACACCCUGGGCUCCCCAGGCAUGGUCUUUGGCCCUGCCCAUCAACGCAGCCAAGGUGGGCUGAGCCCCAGAGUGGUAGAGUCUGCCAACUGCUGCCCACUCCCCACAGGCCCAGGCCUGCCCCCACCAUGAGGCUGACCUGGAAAGAGCGGGUCAGGGCGGCCCUGCUGGGGGCUGCAGUGGCCUCAGGAGUCACCACGCUCAUUCUCAUCCUGGUGGAGGCCACCAACGUCCUCCUGCCCGCAGACACCAAGUUUGGGAUUGUGUUCGAUGCCGGGUCCUCCCACACGUCCCUCUUUGUGUAUCGGUGGCCUGCAGACAAGGAGAAUGACACAGGCGUGGUCAGCCAAGCCUUGGCCUGCCAGGCCAAAGGGCCCGGAAUCUCCUCCUAUGCCUCCAGCCCCGAACAGGCUGGCGAGAGCCUGCGGGGCUGCCUGGAGGAGGCGCUGGCGCUGAUUCCAGAGGCCCAGCACCAGGGAACGCCCACGUUCCUGGGGGCCACGGCUGGCAUGCGGCUGCUCAGCCAGAAGAACAGCUCUCAGGCGGCAAACAUCUUCGCAGCAGUCACUGAGGUCCUGGGCCAGGCUCCUGUGGACUUUUGGGGCGCUGAGCUCCUGGCCGGGCAGGACGAAGGUGCCUUAGGCUGGAUUACCAUCAACUACGUCCUAGGCUUGCUGGUCAAGUACUCCUUCUCUGGAGAGUGGAUCCGGCCUCUGGAGGGGACGCUGGUGGGCGCUCUGGACAUGGGUGGGGCCUCUGCCCAGAUCACCUUCGUGCCCGGAGUUCCCAUUCUGGACAAGAGCACCGAGGCCACCUUCCGCCUCUACGGCUUCGAGCACCGUGUCUACACCCACAGCCACCUCUGCUUCGGGCGGGACCAGAUGCUCCUCAGGCUCCUGGCCCAGCUGGUGCAGAGCAGCCCAGCCCCCCGAGUCCGUCACCCAUGCUACCACAGUGGCUACCAGGGCACACUGUCCCUGGCCCCCGUGUUCGAGUCGCCUUGUGUGCACGCCACAGUGCCCCCAGACCUCACCCAGAACCUCACUGUGGAAGGGACGGGGAACCCCAGGGCCUGCAUCUCAGCCAUCCAAGAACUCUUCAACUUCUCCAGCUGCGAGGGCCGAGAAAACUGCACCUUCAAUGGGGUCUACCAGCCUCCCGUGCAGGGCACAUUCUACGCCUUCUCCAGCUUCUACUACACCUUCCACUUCCUGAACCUCACCUCGGGGCAGCCGCUGGCCACCGCCAAUGCCACAGUCUGGGAAUUCUGCCAGAAGCCCUGGAGGCUGGUGGAGGCGGCCUGGCCGGGGCAGGAGCGCUGGCUGCGUGACUACUGUGCCUCGGGCCUGUACAUCCUCACACUCCUCCUCGACGGCUACGGGUUCAGCAAAGAGACCUGGUCCAGCAUUGAGUUCCGGAAGCAGGCCGGUGGCACUGAUGUUGGCUGGACGCUGGGCUACAUGCUGAACCUAACCAGCAUGAUCCCGGCUGAGGCGCCCACCCAGUGGCGGGCACAGAGCUACAGUGUGUGGACGGCCGGCGUUGUCUUCAUGGUGCUGACCCUCGUGGCCGUCCUUGCCGCGGCUGCGGUCCAGCUCCUCUGGCCCCAGGACUGAGCUAGCUGGCCCCUGGUGCAGGAAGAAGCCAGCUCCCACAGCCCGGCGGGACCAACCCAGCAUGGACACGUGCUGGCCAGAGCCAAGCUGAGCCCCUGACCCCUAUGGGGCCCCCAUUGGGCUUGUCCUGUGGUCUCUGCCCUCAGGGUUGCUCUGGCCCAGGAGGCUGUGUUGUGGUCCUCAUCGUGGCCUCCCUUUCUGGCACCCAAGUCCCCUUCUCCGCUGUGCUUUCCAGGGCAGCGGGGGACUCGCUGCACAAACAACAGCCUGCCAGGACCCCGCAGUGCAUUCUGAUGCUGUGACUGUGGCAUUAGAGGGCCGGGGCCGGGGCCAGCCUGGGAGUGGGGCAUGAUGGCUGUAGCAAGAAGGGGCCUGGCUCCCUGGGAGGGGCGGGUGAGGCCCUGGGGCCAGUAGAGCCUCCGGAGGAGCUGUGGGGAAGGCCCAGCCUGGACCCCUGCUGUUGCCCGGCCUG